CGAAUGGUACCCCCCCCCCCCCCCACCUCCCCCAGUGAGUGCGGGAGAAGUGGGCCGGCCUUUUCUGCAUUUCUUUUCUGUUUGAAGGAGAAAAAUGAUUUGGUAAUGAUUAAUGAACCUGCUCGUCGACGAACGGGCACAAUGAAAGAUACCGAUAAAUCGCAUCGCAGAAAUUAAUGCAUUUGAGUUGGGCCCUGGCCUGAAGCUCUGGAUCUGUGACCCGGAGUCGGGUCACAUUUGUGACCUCUGUUGUUGUUGAAGAGUUAGGAUGUGACCUCGCCAUUAUAAGGCGAUAGCGGCACAUGGCAGUGGACGUCGCGAAGCGCCACGGCCGUGAGAAGAGUAGGCUGUAGUGUCGGUGACGUGAGAUAGAUGGCGGUGAGAUCAGCUCAGUGUUCCCAUUCUGACUCACCUGCGACAAAUCCGGAGGUCGAUGGUUAAAAUUUCUGGGAACUCGGCGCGGCCGCGAGUGAGGGCGGAGGAGCGCGGCUCCCGGUCCGGCCGGGCCCGUUUAGUCAUAGCAUAGGGGCCUGGCGUGGUUAGUGCAGUGCAGGACAUAUCACAUUUUGUCAUAUCAUUUAUGGAGGACUGCAAAGGCACCUGCGCUUAUGAAGGGAAACAAAUCAAGAGGCAGCUUCAGAGAUGGGCUCGCACCUUCCCGGCUCAGCUGGGUCUGGAAUGUGUGCUGAGUGAGCUGCUGGGCCGCAGUCGGUGGCGCCGCGUGCGCCACCAGCUGGGCGCCGCCGAUGACGCCGGCGCCCCCUGCUCGCCGCCGCUGGACUGGCAGCCCCCUGCUGACGGCGCCCCCGUCGGGCCCUGCCUGUGCGCCGCCUCCGCCCCCGCCCCCGCCGCCGCCGCCGCCGCCGCCGCCGCCGCCGCCGCCGCUGCCGCCGUCGCAUCAUCAGCCGACUUGUGCCGGCCGUCGGAGUCUGCGUUUCGUCGGACGGAUCAGAGCUGGCCGAUGUCGAUGGGCGGCCGGUGCGCGGUGCCGCCGGCGCUCGAGCCGAUCCCGUCGCGGCCCGCCGGACCGCUGGUGUCCCCUGCCACAGCGCUCGGCCUGCAGCAGCUGGCGGCCGCUCGCCGCUCGUCCCCGGAGCCGCAGACGUCCGCGCUGCCCGAUGCGUUCUGGUCGGAGACGCUCUCCUAUUACCAGACCCUGCUGGCCAGCCGGGUGGCGGCCGGCACCGACCAGGAGAGGGCCGAAACUCCGCCGGACGACGAGCCGCUCGAUCUCAGCUGCUCGCGAGCGUCGCCGACGCCGACAGUCAGCCGUCCAGCGCGUCGCGCCGAACCGCCGCCGCCCACCAAGAAGCCCUACACGGAGGAGGAGCUGCAGGCGGCUCUCCGCGACAUCCAGUCGGGCCGACUGGGAACGCGGCGCGCCGCCGUCAUCUACGGCAUCCCGCGCUCCACACUGCGCAACAAGGUGUACCGACUCAACGCGCAGGAGAAGCGCGCCGAACAGCUGGCCGAGGCGAAACGCACACCGCCGCCGCCGCCGCCGCCCCCGCCCGCGGCUGCUGCCGCCGAGCCGGCGGUGAAUGCAGAUAUCGAGAUAGAGGAGGUGGAGGCCCCGAAGGUCUCGGAGCCGGCGGUCAGCGUCUGCUCCGAGAUGCCGCCGUCGCAGCUGCUGCAGGCGCGCCUGACGCGGCCCGCCGAGCCCCUGGAGCCCGUCCGCGCCGCCGUCAUGGGGUGGAUGUACUCGGGCGUGCUGCAGCGCGCGCUGCAGGCCCGCGAGCCGGCCGCCACGCGCGCCGAUCAGCCGCCCGUGCUCGACGACUUUGUGCGCCGCAUGUCGCACGAGCGGUUCCACGAGGUGCUGGCGCAGCUGCGCGCGGCCGGCGCUGUCUCUGCCGCGGCGGAGGAGGCCGCGCAGCCGCCGCCGCCUCUGCUGCCCGUCACCGUGGCCGCCGCCGCCGAGCAGUCCGACAGCCGCGGCAGCGACGACACCGACAUGACCUCCACCGCGGGCAGCCGGAAGCGCAAGCUGGACGAGGACAACAACAACAUGGUGUCGUCGCCAGCACCUCCGGCCAAGGGCAGCAAGGCGGCCAAAGCGGCGGCCAAGGGCUCGCGUCCGAAGCGCGGCAAGUACCGCAACUACAACCGCAGUCAUCUGGCUGACGCGGUGCGCGCCGUGCAGUCCGGCGAGAUGAGCGUGCACCGCGCCGGCAACUUUUACGGCGUGCCGCACUCGACGCUCGAGUACAAGGUGAAGCAGCGUCACCUGGACCGGGCCGGCCGGCGGGAGCGCGCGGCCGAGCGGCCGCCGUCGGCCUCGUCGCCGGUACCGGCCGACCGAGUGGCCACCUCUGGCGGCGUGAUGACGUACCGCUCGGGCUCGCCGCCGACGGCCGGCGGGCCGCUGCUGUCCUCGGACGUGUUGCGUCAGCUGCAGGAGGGCCAGCGCCGGCCGGGCUCCGACGGAGACGCCGACUCGCCCGGCCUGCUGGACAAAGGCACGUUCGCGCGCCUGCUCGGCGGCGGUCUCUCCAUCUCGGGCAUUACCAACCGGACGCACACGGCCGGCGGCCAGGUGCUGCAGACCACGGAGAGCUCCUGAAUCGGCGACCGGACGACCGACCGGUCUCCGCUGUACCGCAGCAGAGGCGCCGGCGCGCCGGGCCGCGCUCCGCCCGACGAUCUCGCUGUUUGUGAGGGCCCCGCGCCCAGGUCUCUGUGAUUUUUGCUCACGUGAGGCUCGAUCUCAAUGUUAGAAAGAUCAGGCGCCAGUGGAGGGCCGCUACAUGUUUUCGUGGCAUAUCGUUGUAGUGUGAUGUUUGAUGAAAGUCGCGUGCUAUUUUUCCACAGUCAUCUCGGCCGUCGCGGUCAUGAACGUGGACUAGAGGCGAGUCCAGCAUUCCCCCAGAGCUGAUGCCAUCCCAAAGACAUUCCUGUGUGCAAUUCAUCCUAGGAUAGAUUGCCUAGUCACGAUUUGUGAUCGCGAAUCAACUCAUCACAGUAGGAGGAGCUACAUACGUAUGGUGUACGUAGUGUUAUUUAUAUUAGCCCAGGAGUAUCAGAAGUGUACCGUAGCGCAUAUCAUUCAGACUUAUCACGAAUCCAGUGAGGCCACCGAGAGAAUACAGCGUAUCAUUUCCGAACAGUUGCACGUGCCUUCGACCGCGUUCGUAUAUAAAUUUUCUGGCUGGUGUGUCCGUGUGUGCGUGUCGUGUCCCGCGAGUGUUGUGUGCGUGUGCGGGCGCCAGGCGCGGCGGCGGCGGCCGGCCGGCUAUGUUCUCUGUGCCGUGUGCUCCCUGUGCCAAGUGCGCCGUCUGGUGCCCACCGCUCCGUGUCUGUGUCGCUCUGUGCGUGCUGGCGGCCGCCGCGCCGCGCCCGACUUUUAUACGUGUAUUUACAGCGGGGUGGUCGGUUCGCCGGCCGCCCCUGACCAGGUCUACACCGCGUCUUCCUGCCACGUUGUGAGCCGCCGGCGCCGCGCCGCGCCGGCCGGCCGGCACCCAGCGCCAGCCACAAUCACCCGAGGGCCGCCUCCAGCCGCCCACGGUCGGCCGGUAGUCUCCCGAGUAGAAGCACAUUUGGCAUCGUUAUUGUAUACCGUAACGGGGAACAUAUCAUCCUGGCCGACAGGCGGGCGCCCGGCCGCUGGUCUCAGAAGCGCGCCGGUCCCUGCCGGGACCACUUCAUGGCGCCGCAUUCGCUUUAUUUCGUACGUUCUCCUUUCAAUACUAGUCAUUGGUAUGUUUUCUACCCUUCUACCUAUGUGAACGAACUGUUUGUGUGCUCUGUCGCAAUGUGUUCGGAGGCGAUAUUACGUGGCAUAUUAUUGUUUGUAAUCUUAAUAGACUGUAACAAAUA